AUGGGUCGUCGGAAAUCCACGCCAUUGAAGGCUGAGAUGCGUGAAGAGCAGCGAAUAGAGGCCGAGAGAAUCCUGGCCGAGCGUGUAGGCAUCACGUUGAACAAACCAGUUCCAAGAGCUGCGAAGGCACGGAUAUACAAGCCUGUGGCGCGGGCGGCGGAGAAUGAUGAUGGUGCGUAUCGAGAUGAGGCCGGACAUGAUUCCGAACGUGGAUCGAUAGUAAAGAAGCGAAGGGGAAAGUCACUCGCAAGCGAACACGUAGACUCCGACUCCGAGUUCCGCGCACCCCUCCCUCCAAAACCCGCCCGCGCCUCCUUCCCCCCCUCCAACACAGACCUCCCCUCCAACACAGACCUCCCCCCCAAAACUCACCCUCACCCAACUCCAAGAACAUCCCUCUCCUCCCUCCAACGCACCACAGCCAUAACCACCUCCCUCUCCCUCCCCUCCCCCUCCCCCCGCUUCGGCAACCCAGACGAACGCAUCCGCUACUCCCGCUCCGAAGACCUCCGCGUAAUCCUUCUGAAAGAACACCCCCUCUCAACCCACUCCUGGCCCGAUAUUGGCUUAGCACUUCCGGGGCGAAGUGGACAUUCGCUACAGGUGAGGUAUAGUGCGAAAUUGCGGAAUAUUGAUUUUAGGAGGGCGGGGUAUGUGUGGGAGAAGGAGGAUGGGUGGGGAGGGGGUGCGGAUGAUUUUUUGGUUGUGAUGAGGGAGGUUAGGGGGGCGGGUUGGGGGGAGAUUAUGGAGGCGUUUCCGGGGAGGGAGGAGCGGGAGGUGAAGGAAAGGUAUGAGAAUCUGUUGGCGCCGGGGAAGAGGGAGGCGUUGGGGUAUGGUUUUUGA